CCGUGGAGACACCCUGGGCCGGGGGCGCGCAGAGUCUCCGGCCAGAGGAGCCCUCGGGGGUCAGCCCCUCCUGGGGCCCUGGAACUUCCCCCUGGCAGAUCUUUUAGGAAAACAUCCGGAGCCAUCAAACAGAGAAUAGAUCCUCUGAACCCUGCAACUCUGCUGCGGCCCCAUUACCAGGCGCCCCUCCAUCGCAGGCUGCCCCUAGGUGCUUUGGCACUGAAUCUCAUCAGUGGAGUGUGCUGGAGAUUGCCCUGGCUGGAGAGGAGCGAUACUUUCAGCAGCGACAUGCCCACGGCACCCUUGAUCUGCAACAAGACUGUGAGCAGAGUGAGCUCUGUGCUCAACCGGGACGCCAAGCAGUUCGGGAAGAAGCACAUGUUCGACGGGAGUGAGGAGACGUGCUGGAACUCGGACCAGGGCUCCUCCCAGUGGGUGAUGCUGGAAUUUCCACAGCCUGUCAAGGUUUCCCAACUCCAGAUUCAGUUCCAGGGUGGAUUUGCGAGCCAGCUGUGUACACUGGAAGGUGGCAGGAAAGGUGAAGAACUUGUCAAGAUAUCAGACUUCUACCCUGAGGACAUCAAUGCCCUGCAGAGCUUCAGGACAGAAGAAACCAUGCUGGAUAAACUGAAAAUCACCUUUGAGAACAGCACGGAUUUCUUCGGGAGAAUCAUUGUGUAUCGCCUCAGUGUCCUCGGGGAAAAGCUCUAACCUGGGACAGAAAUGGCAGAACAGCAGCCCAUCACCCCCAGUGGGUUUGUUCCCCUGCUGUUUGAUCAGCUGGCACUCUGCCUUCCCACCCUGUCCAGUGGGGCCCAGUGACAUGAACUGGCAUGAAGUGGCAUAUUUGCCUUAGCAGACAGCACCUCUUACGAGAGAGAAGAGAUGCCAGACUUGUUCUGCAAUUGAAAUGUAGCCAUUUGGAAGUAAACCAGGAAACGCUCAGACAGAAAACAGCCGUGGGCAUUAACAGAACAAGGCUGGGAUCCUGGCCCCCUCCCCACCCAGCUAUGGCCUCACAGCAGGAUCUAAAGCCCCUGGAAGUGCACCGUGGCGUUCAUGGGCUGUCUGCACAGUGCAUGACAAUCCACACGCUGUAUUCUAGUGGCUCGUCACGCGGUGAAGCUCAUGUUUAAUGGCUGAAUAAAUGCGUCCUGCCUCCCGGACCACACUGGAUUUGGGCAAGCGAGUGGUUCUGUAGAGAUUAAACAAAUCACAUACUGAA